CCAGAGCGCAUCGACGUUGCGCAGUGAACUUUAAAAAUUGGGUUUGUAGCUGUUUGCAACCACUGUUGGUCCAUGUUAUGCUGCCUCGUUGUACAUGUCGGGCCAGAAGCAGCAGCGAGGCGACUGCACCUUAUCUUCGUUUGCAUCGCAUCGCAUCCUCUCUCAUCCCCGCUUCGUCCUUGACCCUUUGCAUUCGACCCUACUGCGGCCAUAAUUAGUUUCUACAUCGCGAAAAUACGAGGACAUUCCAAUGGCCACCGACGAGCCACCGACGACCAGCACCACGCCCGCCACGCCGACCGAUGCACCCUUUCCUUUCGACAGUCCGCACGCCGACGUGAUUUUACAAUCCUGUGAUGGGGUGAACUUCCGUGUGCGCAAAGCCAUCUUGGCUGAGGCGUCUCCCGUCUUCGAUAGCAUGUUCACCUUGCCGUCGGGGCAGUCCGCGGAAGCAAACGACAAUAACUCGCAGGAUCUACCGAUAGUCCCAGUGACGGAAGACAGCACUGCAUUGACGGGCUUGUUGCAUCUCUGUUACCCGGCCGAUCGACGACUUCGGAGAGGACUUUCGAUGAACUUUGCACCUUAUUGGAGGCGGCUAGGAAGUAUGCGAUGGACCGGACGGAACGCUAUAUCAUGCAGAAGCUGCGGGGUCUUGUCGAAAAUCACCUCUGCCAGUGCGCGUGUACUGCAUCGCCAUACGUUACAGAAUGGACGAAGACCUGAUCCGCGCCGCUGCAAGGAGCUUCCUUGACGAGUCCAUUCACAUCGCCACACGCACAUCGACUCUGCGGCCGAACUCUAUCACAUUCGUGCUUCCGCUUACAUCCGCCUCUUGGACUACCGUCGACGCUGUGCUGAUGCCGUUCAGUCCGUCGUCAGUCGU